AUGUGGGGCAAGUGGAGGCGGGAGGAGGGAAGAGGGCGAGAGAGAGAGGGAGGCUGGGCGGAAAGACUGCAGAUAGCCGGACAGACAGAAGUUCGCCCAAAAGCCCUGUCAUACGUGCUGCGGCGAGAGAGGAACUACUCCUCACACACACUAACUCAUCCGCUCGCUCUCUCUUAUUCAACCUUGAUUGUAAAAGCCUGCCUUUUUAAUUUCUCUACCGAAUAUAUACAUUUAUAUAUUCGUGGAUAUUGUUCACCUUUUCUCUCUCCCACCUUUCUAUCGAAAAAUAAUCGACUGAGGAGUUCGGAAAUAAGGUUGCUCCAAGUUCAACAAGCGUCUAGGAAUAUUCACUUUGAGAGAGGCGAGAAGAUGUACGCUGAAGCGAAUCCGGCGGGUGCCUACUUUGAGGGUUACGACGAUCCCGGGGACGGGUAUGUGGAUGAGGAGGAGGAGGGCGAGAUCCCAUUGGCUGAACGCGAGUUGGCUGAAGAUGCCGAGUGGAAGUUGAUUCAAAAGAACACCUUCACUAGAUGGGCCAAUGAACACUUGAAGAAUAAAGGCGCCUCGGUAGACGACAUUCAAUAUGAUUUUGCCGACGGUUUAAGAUUGAUUGACCUGAUUGAAUCGCUGUCGGGUCAGAAGUUUCGUCAUGUCAAUCGAAAACCGGGUUUUCGUACCCAAAAGCUGGAGAAUGUAACCAUGGUGUUGAGAUUUUUGGAGGAGCAGGAGGGCCUACGACUGGUUAAUAUAGAUAGUACCGAUAUUGUCGACUGCCGAUUGAAGCUCAUCCUCGGGUUGGUUUGGACCCUCAUUCUUCACUACUCCAUCACGCUGCCAUUGUGGGAGGGUGAGGAUUACAAUCAGGGAAGUUCUGGACCCACUCCCAAACAGCGACUACUCGCAUGGCUUAACUCCAAGCUGGUGGAGCGUCCGGUGAAGAACUUUACCACUGACUGGAACGACGGUACCGCGAUCGGUGCACUGGUUGAUGCCUGUGCUCCGGGUCUGUGUCCCGAUUGGAGGGAUUGGGAGCCAAAACAGAAGUUGCGCAACGCCACCGAGGCUAUGAAUGCUGCUGAACAGUGGUUGGAUGUACCCCAACUUAUCAGACCCGAGGAGAUGAUUAACCCCCGGGUGGAUGAAAAAGCCAUGAUGACGUAUUUGAGCCAAUUUCCCAGCGCCAAGCUGAAGGACGGGGCUCCACUACGACCACGUGCCAAUCCAGCCAAUGUGAGAGCUUAUGGACCAGGCCUUGAACCUCGUGGAAACAAGGUGGGCAUGCCGGCGCGAUUUACUAUUGACGCUUCCUCGGCUGGAAAGGGUUCUGUCGAGGUGAUUGUUCUCAACCCAAAAGGUCAACGGGAACCGUGCGAUAUCGUUCCGAAUAUGGACAGACCGAACACAUACUCCUGCGCCUAUGUUCCGACCCAGGCGGGGGAGUACAGGGUCAUCAUCAAAUUCGCCACCAAGGAGAUCAUGAAUUCACCCUUCAAGGUUAUGGUUGAGGGUGCCGCGGAUCCAAGUAAAGCCUCCGCUUCUGGACCUGGCAUUGAACCACAGGGCAAUCAAGUGGGACGUAGAACCUUCUUCAACAUCUUUACCACCGGUGCCGGAGAAGGCAUCGCCGAUUGUGUUAUUUUGGAUCCGCAGGGACGACAAGAUGUCAUCAAGCCCAACAUCACCCGUCAAAGUGAGGAUAAUUACCUAGUGGAGUAUACACCCAAGAUGGAAGGUCUACACUCGGUGAAUGUCUUCUUCGCCGGUCAACAGAUUCCCAACUCACCUUUCGGUGUGAUGGUCGGACCCCACCUUAAGAGCCUCUUUGGUUGUAAGCAUCCCCAGGAGAGGAGUGUCGAAUAUCCACAAGAGCCACCAAUUAGUUCAGUCAAGCGUCCGGACAAUCAAAUAGCGCCACCAUGGCAGCCAGCCUGUGACGCAAAACAAGCCUAUGCUACAGGUCGUGGCAUCCAACCACAUGGAGUUAGGGUGCGUGAUCUCGCUGAUUUCAAGGUCCACACCGAAGAUGCUGGUGAAGGAGUUGUUGAAGCUACGGUUGUUGGGCCUAACGGUCGUGAGGAGAAGUGCCAACAGCGAAAGAUCGGACCGUACACCUACGAAUGCGUCUACACCCCACAACAGGCUGGGCCUCACACUGUCAAUGUUCGCUACGGAGGUGAUCACAUCAUGCUGAGUCCCUUCAAGGUGGAUGUCGGACCCUACAAGGAGACCCGAAUUCGUGCCUUUGGUCCUGGUCUUGUCAGUGGUAUUGUAAACAAGCCGGCUGUCUUUGUGGUCGAGACCAAUGGGGAGACGGGCGCUUUGGGUUUCUCAAUUGAGGGCCCAAGUGAGGCUCGAAUCGACUGCGCGGACAAUGGAGAUGGCUCUGCAACGGUGGUCUACUGGCCGACCGUACCGGGUGAAUAUGCCGUCCAUAUUCUCUGCAACGAUGAGAACAUUCCCAAAUCGCCGUACAUGGUGCCGAUUUCAGCCGACACUGGGAAAUGCGAUCCAAAUGCUGUGAAAUGCUACGGUCCUGGUCUCUCACCCGGAGUCGUAGCCGGCAUCCCCACAGAGUUCACCAUUGAUGCGCGUGAUGCGGGUGGACCGGCACCAUUUGGUUGUGAGUUGCGGGACGAGACUGGUGAACCAGUCCCGAUUCGAGUGCGUGACAAUGGCGACCUUACCGCCACCUGCACUUACACCGCUAAGCGACCCAAGAAACACACCGUCAUACCGACCUACAACGGUGUUGCUGUACCACGUGCGCCUUUCAGGGUGGACGUUGCAGAGCCCUGUAACCCUGGAAAUGUUCGUGUCUACGGCCCCGGGGUGGAGUCCAUCACACGCAACGAGCCGACCCACUUUACCGUGGACUGCAGACAAGCCGGACCUGGCAACGUCGGUAUUAGCGUGCGAGACGAGGCCGGACGCGAUGUCCCCAUGGACACAAAGGACAUGCGGGAUGGCACCUUCAAGGUGUCCUAUACACCUACUACCGCGGGACCGACCUACACUGUGCAAGUCUUUUUUGAGAACACCGAAGUUCCACGGAGUCCAUUCAAAGUGCCUGUCAAACCGAAUGUGGAUAUGAGCCGAGUACGGGUUGAUGGACUGCCCUCAACGAUUCCUGUCGGUAAACCGACAACAUUCGACGUUGUGACGGCGGGCGCCGGUCCACCUAGUGCUCCAAAACCUCGACCUAAUGUGAUUGUCAAGGCGCCCAAUGGAAUGCGAGUGCCGAGUCAGAUGGUUGAAUCACCUGAUGGCUAUGAGGCGACCUUUACUGCCACGCAAGCUGGUCCACAUCAAGUAGCUGUCGAUGUGGCUGGAGCUCCGGUUAGAGGUUCGCCCUUCCCUUGCAGUGCAGUGCCCAUUCAAGAAGCUCCCAUUGCUACUGCUAAGCAGCCUGCAGCUUUCGCAGCUCAACAAGAUCCCUCCGGUCUUGUUCGUGCCUAUGGCGAUGGUCUGCGUCGGGCCACUGCUAAUACACCAGCCCUAUUCACCAUUGAUAGUCGUGAGGCCCCUCCUGCGCCACUUUCGGUGACUAUUGAGGGUCCAGCAGAAGCACAGAUCAACUACACCGAUAACAUGGAUGGCACCUGUGGUGUGGACUACCUGCCCGUGGAACCGGGUCCUUACACCGUGAAUGUUCUGUACAAGGAUAAACAUAUUCCUGGAAGUCCCUUCCCCGUUCAAGUUACUCCCUCAGGAAGGGAUUUGGUGGAUGUGUCAAGAGUUCGAGCCUAUGGUCCUGGACUUCAACCCACGGGUGUGUUCAAGGAGUCCUUUGCCAAAUUCACGGUGGACGCCAAACCCAUCGAUCCUGUUGGUCGCGGUGUCGUGAAAGCCAUUGUUGUCGAUCCUAUGAAACAGAGAACAGCUUGCAUCGUCCAAAAUCAAGGGGAUGGAACCUACAAAUGCAGCUACUCGCCACUUCUUGAUGGUUUGCAUCAAGUGGAAGUAUUCUACGAUGGAAUGCAGGUCCCAGGAAGUCCCUUCAAAGUUCAUGUCACACCGGGAUGUGACCCGUCUAGAGUGCGAGCCUUUGGACCAGGUUUGGAAGGUGGCUAUACCCACGAACCGCAACACUUCACCAUCGAUCUAGACGGUGCUGGUCAAGGUGGUCUUGGAUUAGCUUUAGAGGGUCCCGCCGAUGCUCAAAUAAACUGUGUGGACAACAAAGACGGUACGUGCUCUGUGGAAUAUCUUCCAACCAAAGCUGGCAACUACGAUAUGUUCAUCAAACUCAACGACAUGGACAUUCCUGGAAGUCCAUUCAACAUCCCCAUUCGUGAUAGAAUCGAUCCAAACAAGGUUCGAUGCUAUGGUCCAGGCUUGGAACCCAAUGGUGCUAGAGCUGGAGUUCCAGCUACAUUCACCGUGGACGCUAGUCAAGCUGGUGAAGCACCGAUUGCGGUGACUCACACCAAUCGAAACGGACGCAAGAUUCCCGCCAACAUUGUUCCACGUCAAGGUCAACCCGGUGUCUACGAUGUAACCUACAUGCCAGAAGAUGAAGGACCGUGUCAGAUUGAGGUCAAAUUAAAUAACUGCCAGGUUCCACGUUCACCAUUCAUGCAGAAUGUCCUACCAGCCUGCGAGCCGCAUAAAGUCCGUGUCACCGGAGAAGGUGUACAUCCCAGCCGUCCCGAGGGCCUUCCAGCCGGUCAACCAACCACCUUCCAAGUGGACACUCGGGAAGCCGGGUCCGGUGACUUAGAGCUCACUGUCACUGACUCUGAACAACGCCCAUUACAACUAGAGGUUGCCGAUCACGGAGACGGUGUCUACACCUGUCAAUACCAACCGGAAGAAGCCUGUCCCCACUACGUGGAUGUCAAAUUUGGCGGUCGUGAGAUUCCCGAGAGCCCCUACUGCGUUAAGGUUCAUCCCGUUGGACGUCCAGAUUUGUGUCGAAUUGAAGGUGGCAACGAUCCGCGAAUCCCCAUCUUCCAGCCCUGCGCAAUCACCGUCAACCCUCUGGAUGCGGGUAUGGGUAAGGUGAUGGGACGAGUGGUCGCUCCCACUGGCCAGCCAGCUGAAGUUCAUACAGUGGCGCUACCGAAUGGCAAAGUUAACGUCUGCUACACACCGCAAAUGCUCGGCGAUCACAUGGUUGAGAUCUUUUGCGGUGGCCAAAUUGUAUCCGGCGGACGAUUCAACCAAAAGGCUGUGAAUCUUGACGAGCUGAUUCAACCUGUACCGGAAGAACGCGUGGAACGCGUUCCCCUCCAGACGAUGCAUUCAACAACACUGACUCAGUACCAUGAGUCGACAAAGACCACCGGCUACUACCCCAUUGACUUCAAACUGCCCGUUGGAUCCAAGUUUGGUAGUCUGGAAGGCAUUGUCCGCACACCAGGCGGUAGAUCAAUUCGUCCCACCUUGAUAGACAACGGAGAUGGCACUGUGACAGCCCAAUUCCAGCCAACAGAAGAUGGCCUUCAUGAACUUGAGAUCACUUUCAAUGGCGUACCAAUAGAAGGCAGUCCUUUCCGAUUCUACGUGGAACCGGUUGGUUCAGGUCGUGUGACCGCCUACGGACCGGGACUCAGUCAUGGACGUGUCGGUGAACCCGCGGAAUUCACUCUUAUCACAAGAGAAGCUGGAGCAGGUGGCUUGUCAAUCGCUGUUGAGGGGCCCUCUAAGGCAGAAAUUGUCUGUCAUGACAAUAAGAAUGGAACAUGCUCGGCCAGCUAUCUACCUCUAGCACCGGGAGAGUACACCAUCUCCAUUAAAUUCAUGGAUCAGCAUAUUCAGGGCUCUCCGUUCAUCGCCAACAUCAUGGAGGAUCCAAUGCGAAUGACCCAGGUGAUGGUGGGGACAACCAGUGAAGUACCUCUACGCAUCUCCGAGACAGACAUCUACAAUCUCACCGCCACGGUCACCAAUCCCUCGGGCAUUGAGCAGCCCUCCAUGGUGAAACGUCUGCUAAAUGGGCAUUUGGGCAUUUCAUUCACUCCACGUGAAAUCGGUGACCAUUUAGUGAAUGUUUUCCGCAACGGUCGUCCAAUUCCCAACAGUCCCUUUAAGAUAUAUGUGGGUGAAUCGGAGCUCGGCAACGCUUCGCGUGUUCGUGUGUAUGGUCGCGGCCUCCGUGAGGGUCUGGCCAAUCAGAAUUGCCAAUUCACUGUCGAUACGCGUGAUGCAGGUUUUGGAGGUCUAAACCUCUCAGUGGAGGGUCCAAGCAAAGCUGAUAUUGAGUGUCAUGACAACCAGGAUGGCACCUGCUUGGUUACCUAUCGACCCACUGAACCUGGUACCUACAUCAUCAAUAUCAAGUACGCCGAUGAACCUGUCCCUGGAAGUCCCUUCGCCGUGAACAUCGGUGGUCAUCCAUCUCCCCGUAUCAUGGAGCGAAUUACAAGGCAACGAGAAGUCGCUGAAACAACACAUGUUGGCAGUCAAUGCGAGAUGAACCUCAAGAUUCCAGGUGUAAACGUCCUCGAGAUGACAGCCAUAGUGACAAGUCCUUCGGGUCGAACUGAGCGGUGCGUAAUCACCGAACUUGAUCCAUCCAACUACUGCAUUCGUUUUGUACCCCAAGAAAUGGGUGUUCACACUGUGUCUGUCCGUCAUCGGAAUGUUCACAUACCUGGAAGCCCCUUCCAAUUCACCGUUGGGCCAAUCACUGAUGGGGGCGCGAACAAAGUGCGGGUCCUUGGACAGGGUAUCCAACGCGGCUACAUUAACCGCAACAACGAAUUUAACAUCUACACUCGCGAAGCCGGUGCUGGCAAUCUCUCCAUUGCUAUCGAGGGACCGAGCAAGGCGGAAAUCGAUUUUGAGGAUCGAAAGGAUGGUUCCUGUUGUGUUUCUUUCCGUGUCUCUGAGCCGGGUGAAUACCUCUGCUCCGUCCGAUUCAACGAUGAACACGUACCGGGCUCGCCGUUCCGAUUGGAGAUUGAAGACCCCAGCGGAUACUACAGCACGGAGAAUCGUCAACUUAGUGUUGCUGCAGUGCAGGAUCGAGGACUACAGAUUGGUGUACCAAUGGCCUUCACAGUGAACUAUACGGGUGCAAGAGGUCGCCUUCGUGCCUACGUGGUGACUCCUUCGGGUCGAGAAGACCCCGCUGUUGUUCAUCCCAUCGAUGUGGAUCAACACGCAGUCCGAUUUACUCCACAAGAAAAUGGUCCACAUCUAGUCCAUGUCCUGCUGGAUGAAAGACCCAUUCCUGGAAGUCCCUUCCGUGUUCUUGUGGGUCAAGAUGAUUUCAGUGAUCCUGGUCUUGUGACUGCAUCGGGUGACGGCCUGGUUCGAGGAGUUGUUGGCGAAAGAAGUCGCUUCUUUGUGAACACAGCCAAUGCGGGUAGUGGAGCACUCUCUGUGACAGUGGAUGGACCCAGUAAGGUGCAGUUGAAUUGCGCCGAAAGCAUGAACGGCUACGAAUUCAGCUAUACGCCCUAUGCACCUGGCACCUAUAACAUCACCAUCACUUACGAUGGACAACCCAUUGUGCAUUCACCUUUCAGGGCCUACGUCACGGGAGAUGCAGUCUACGGGUACAGUGAAGACACCGCGCAGUUGAUAGUGAAUACCAACGGUCGUUUGGUCACCGGACCUCAACGCUCCAUGAGCUAUUCACGAGCUGACGCUGUCACCUGUUCUGGUACAGGUCUAGCCAAUGCCUACAUUGGAUCGACCAACACGUUCACCGUCAAUGCUCAAAACGCUGGCAAUGAUGUUCUCUAUGUCGGUGUGUCUGGACCAAUUGUGCCCUGCGAGGAGGUGAAUAUAAAGCACCUCGGAGACAAUCUCUUCAGCGUGCAGUACUCCGUCCGAGAUCGUGGACGGCACUACAUAAUGGUGAAGUGGGGUGAAACCCACAUCCCCGGCAGUCCUUUCAUCGUGGAUGUGAACCACAUCUUCUUCCUUGAAUGCCUCGACAACAAAUAUCGCCCCACCAGGGUUAAUGACAUGGUUCGAGGUGAAGGUGGCGACAAUGAGAGGACAAGUUUGAGGCAGGCUUGA